GCGCGACUGUAAGGAAUUGAUUGAUGCUCCUCUCGCGCAUGCGCAAAAGAGAGCCGUCUCGUCAUGGCGGACACCGGUUGGACCAGCUGCGCUACCAGUUUAAAAGGUGUCAUACUGGACAUGUGUGGAGUCUUGUAUGACAGCGGGGAGGGCGACGGGGUGGCCAUUCCCGGCUCUGUCGAGGCCGUGAGGAGGCUCAAAGCUUCCGACCUGAAGCUGAGAUUCUGCACCAACGAGACGCAAGCAGUGAGAGAGAAGUUUGUGGCCAAACUUCAAAGAUUGGGAUUUGACAUUUGUAUCAGUGAGGUCUUCUCUCCUGCACCCGCAGCCGUUGCUGUGCUGAGGGAAAGGGGGCUGCGGCCCCAUCUGCUGGUAUACGACGCGCUCAUGCCCGAGUUUGACGGCGUAGACAAGAGCAAUCCCAAUUGCGUGGUGAUCGGCGACGCUGCUGAAAAGUUCUCCUACGCCAACAUGAAUGAGGCGUUUAGAGUUCUGAUCGGCCUGGAGAAGCCGACCCUGUUCUCUCUCGGCAAAGGAAAGUACUACAAGGAGACAGAUGGGUUGAAGCUGGAUGUGGGAGUUUACAUGAAGGCUCUGGAGUACGCCUGUGACGUGGAGGCCGAGGUCAUCGGGAAGCCGUCCGCUACGUUCUUCCUGAGCGUCCUCAACGACAUGGCGCUCCAGCCGCACGAGGUGAUGAUGAUAGGUGACGAUCUGGUGAACGACGUUGGCGGCGCCCAGCAAGUCGGAAUGAAAGGCGUGCAAGUCCGAACGGGAAAAUACAGGCCCAGCGACCAGCAGCACCCGACCGUCACUGCGGAUGGGACGGCCGACCACCUGGCCCAGGCUGUGGACAUGAUCCUCAGCCGCAGGGGGAAGCCCUGAGCUUUUGCCGUCGUAUUGGAACGCGCCACGAUAUGGACCUCCAAAAUCAGAUCACGGAUCACAGUCCGGUAUGGUGUGUCUGUCCAUAUUGGACUUGAUUGAGUCAACUUAUUGUUGCUUUCGUAGAACGAUCAAUGACACGACCACCCCCUCACCCCCUCCCACAUAUAAGAAUCCAAUCCGAAAGUAGGUCAUUGUCUCGUUCCGUGUGAAAGUGUCACAACUGGGCUCAAUCAAGCCAACGAGUCGUCCUUUCAUAGAAUCGUCUGACAUAACCCCGUCACUUUUGCCGGCUGUCGUCUCGUUCCACGCUGCACCUUGCUUUGUGUGCACACAAUAGUCUAAAAACUGAUGCUGCCGUUCCAGAGUGACGUUGGUUUCAUUUUACCUCGGGUGGAGUUCAGUGUCAUACCGGCAGCAUCAAUGAACGCUCGCCUCGCAAUAGUCUGGUUUAGUGCCGUGCUUACCAAGUGGGCAAUUGGGUUUGGAAUCCUGCAACGGGGGACGAACUCAGUGGAUGAAAAAAAAAAGUAUUGAGACUUGAGAACUUCUUUUCUCUUUCACUUUUUUUGGGCCCACUUAAUCUGCAUACGAGUUCAGCCAAACAGCGUCUGACAGCCUUGAAGUCGGUGCUCUUGAGUUCUUUUGAACCCAUCCCAUCAUGCUCAAACCCACAGAAAAAAGGCUUGUUUCCACUAAGUUGGAAGCAUUCUCCAAACAGUUUCGGUAAGACAAAAAAUUUGCGGCGUGAAAGGAACUACAGAGUCUAGGCCCAACCCCAGAGGGAUUCAUGAAGUAGGCUUGCCUCAAAACUUUUGUCCAUAUCAUGGAUUUUGGCUUGUUCUGAUCAAUAAAGUCAUCACUGAUC